UUAUAUUUCCAAGAUGGUAAAAGGAGAAUAGAUUUUGUUCUGACCUACAGGGAUGAUGAUAAAGACAAAGAAAAGGAUAAAAAGAUUGCUCGUAGAAAAUUCUUCGAAGAUAAUUUGAUAAAGGAUGGAUUGGAAUUGGAGUAUGAAGAGAGAGCUCGUAAAAAGGCUGACAAGGUUCGUUUUGUCAAAGUACAUUGUCCAUGGGAAGUUCUCACUACAUAUGCUGAAAUUAUGAGCAUGAAAAUGCCUCUAGCUGAAAAUGAUUUAGAGAGUGAUGUCACCUCAUGUUGGUCGAAAUGUCCCACACCAUUUGAUGUGGAUGAAGAUUAUUUACCACCAGUGCCUGAUUAUUUUACAGCAGCUUUCUCUAGAAGUAGAGCUGAUCAAUUUGUGAUAGAAGAUCAGGAGACAUUCUUCUCCUCAGCUCAACGUAGUUUGAUAGCCAAUGAAGUAUUGAGUAGAUGUGUUUAUGAAACAACAGUCAGUCAAAAGAAGAAGAAAAGAUUUGGUAUAAAGAAUUUAGUAAAUGCUGGUGUAUAUACUGCUGCUUUUCCCUUACAUGAGGGUGAAUUUGCAAGUCCUCAUUCUUUACUAACUAAAGGGAAAGCAAAUGAUAGACAUUUGUUGUAUGAAACAUGGGCUAGACCUGGACGAUGGUAUAAAUUUCAACCCCUAGAUCACAUUCGUAAAUAUUUUGGUGAGAAGAUUGGAAUAUAUUUUGCCUGGUUAGGAUAUUAUACAGGAUUAUUGAUACCAGCAGCAAUGGUUGGACUAGCAGUAUUUCUUUAUGGUUGUAUUCAGAUGUUUCAAGAUAGAGUGCAGGAAGAAAUCUGUGAUGAGAAUCUUAUGGGAAAUGUAACUAUGUGUCCUCUAUGUGAUGAAAGAUGUACCUAUUGGAAGUUGAAGAAAUCCUGUCUUUAUACUAGAGCUACCUAUCUGUUUGAUAAUGAGGCUACAGUUUUCUUUGCUGCUUUUAUGGCACUGUGGGCAACGUUUUUCCAUGAGAUGUGGAAGAGAAAACAAGCUGAGAUAGAGUAUGAUUGGGAUGUGGCUGAUUUUGAGGAAGAGGAAAAUAUCCGACCUGAAUUUGAAGCUCAAGUUUCCACAACUAAAAUGAAUCCCAUCAACCAGCUUGAUGAACCACAUGUUAGAUUCCUGUCUAAAUUGGCAAGAUUCACAUCAUCAUUUACUGUUGUUAUAUUCAUGUUGUUAUUGGUAGUAGCAGCAGCAUUUGGUGUUAUAUUGUAUCGUGUUACUGUAGCAGCUAUAUUCUAUAGUGUUAAACAAGAAGAUAUCAGUGCUCGAGCUAAUUUAUUAACUACUGUAACUGCUGCCAUUAUCAACUUGAUUAUAAUUGUUAUUCUCAGUAUGGUUUAUUUGAGAAUUGCUGAAUUUUUAACUAAUUUUGAAAUGCAUCGAACAGAGACUGAAUGGGAAGAUAGUUUUACAUUUAAAAUGUUUUUAUUUCAAUUUAUCAAUCAUUAUUCAUCUCUAUUCUAUAUUGCAUUCUUCAAAGGCAGAUUUUUGGGCCGACCAGGAAAGUAUAACAGAGAAUUAAAUGGUAAAAGACAAGAAGAGUGUGAUCCAGCUGGGUGUUUAAUAGAACUAUGUAUACAACUUGCUAUUGUUAUGGUUGGUAAACAGGCCCUCAACAACUUUAAAGAAAUUAUUUUACCUAAAAUUAUGAAUUUAUAUAAAACAUGGGGUAUACCUAAAGAACAGAAACAGAAAUUACCACGAUGGGAAGAUGACUAUAAUCUAGCUGUUAUGAAUAAAUUGGGACUAUUUGAUGAAUAUUUAGAAAUGGUCAUACAAUUUGGAUUUGUCACCAUCUUUGUGGCAGCCUUCCCUCUCGCCCCAUUAUUUGCCUUAAUAAACAACAUCAUUGAAAUUAGACUAGAUGCCUAUAAAUUUGUAACCCAGUGGCGUAGACCACUAGCAGUACGUGGUCAAGACAUUGGUAUCUGGUUUGGUAUUUUACGUGGUAUUUCUACUAUUGCUGUCAUUACUAAUUCAGUGAUUAUAGCAUUUACUACAGAGUUCAUACCAAAAUUAGUGUAUGUCUAUGGUUAUAAUAAUGAAAAUUUACAUGGUUACGUCAACUUCAGUUUAUCCACCUUUAAAGUUAAAGAUUUUGAGGAUGAGAGUAGACCUGCUAAUAAUAAUUCGGAGGUAUUUGGUGUGGUUACAGAGUGUAGUAAUUUAAUUCUCUUAUUUCUAAAUUGUUUCAGGUACCGUGAUUUUAGAGAUAAAGAUAAUUACAAUUUUGAUAUGGACUUCUGGCAUGUACUGGCAGCUAGAUUAGCUUUUGCUCUCAUCUUUAUUUUGUUAGUGUUCUUUUUCUCCUGGUUGGUAUCCUACAUUGUACCAGAUAUACCUAAGACUGUUAAAUUACAAGUUUUACGAGAGAAGUAUUUAGCUAAAGAAGCUAUAAUGGAGGCUGAGUCAUUGCGACGUAGAAAAAAUGAUAAAAAUGGAACCGCGGGGAAUAUAGAGAGUUCCAUCAAUUAUUAG